CAUCUUCGCAAGAAGAACACCAAACACAAAUCCCAGUUAAAUCUCAGCUACCAGAGCCGAGUUUGCAGUAAAAAGUUUCGUGUGUGUUUUGUACCAAAACCAAGCAAGUGACUACACAAAAUGAAGUGCUUUACAACGAUCGCGCUGCUCGUCUGCCUUGCCGCCUGGACGCAAGCGGAGCCACCAGUGCCCCAGAACCAGUAUCUGCCGCCCAAUCAGUCGCCGCAGGCGCCGUCAAACAACUAUCUGCCGCCCACACAGAGCUAUCAGUCGCCCGCCAACAACUACUUGCCUCCCCAGCGUGGCGGCCAGGCUGGUGGCGCGGCGCCCAGCAACAGCUACGGCGCGCCCCUGCCCCAGAGCCAGUAUGGCGCACCAGCCUUGACCGGAGCGAUCUUUAAGGGACAGAAUGGCGGCGGUGCCGGCGGCUAUGGCAGCGGCGGCAACGGCGGCAGCGGCUAUGGUCAGCGCGACGAGGAGCAGUACGGCCCGGCGAAGUAUGAGUUCAAAUACGAUGUGCAGGAUUACGAGUCCGGCAACGACUUUGGCCAUAUGGAAUCGCGUGACGGUGACCUGGCCAUCGGUCGCUACUACGUGCUGCUGCCCGACGGACGCAAGCAGAUCGUCGAAUACGAGGCCGAUCAAAAUGGUUACCGUCCAACCAUUCGUUACGAGCAGGUGGGCAACGGCAACGGCAACGGCAAUGGCAAUGGACGCAACGGCGGCGGCUACGACAGCAAUGCGCAGCAGGGCAAAUUCAAUGGCUAUCAGUAAGGAGAGUGCCAGUAAGGCGUUACCUUCUAGUGUUUCGACCCCGUUAACUAGACUUGUCUAUCGUGUUGUUGUUUAUAUUGUUUUUCUAUCGCCAACCGAGCUGAGUAUUAAUAGCAUCUGCUGCCGGUGCAGCGAUCACAGUUUGACAUGCACUGGCUUGUCAUCUCUACUGUCACCCUACCGCUGUCCCAUUUUAGUGGAACGCCGCCAUUUUGCCAUAGCCAGGCGCGUUCCAUUUUCCACUGUUCCACUGUUUCACUGUUCCGCCUAUGCCUCGUGUUCCCUGUAUUAUGCCGUUUGUUUUGUUAAGCGCCUUCAUUUUGUGUUGUUCCACACAGUUGCGGACACACACACACACACACACACACACACAGACACACACACACAUACAUGCAUACAUAUUGUGAC